AUGAAUGCCUCAGUUGACUGUAAUAAUGAUACCAUUGCUGGUGGCCAAUGCUAUGGUUUGUCAAUAUGCGGCUGGUGUUACGAUUAUGGAGAAGCGCGGUUCGUUUCCAGAGAAUAUGAAAAGUUCAAUUCUAUCGUCAUAAGCUUAAUCCUUCCUAGUAUUGGUUUUCUUGGAAUCAUCGGCAAUGGAUUAUCGGCUUUCACGUACUCCAGAAAAGAGAUGGUCUCUAGUCUAAAUAUGUAUUUGUGUGCUCUGGCCUGUUCCGAUAUUAUUAUAAAUCUUACUGCAUUCUUUUUGUUCUUCUUGGAAAGUAUGAGAAGGCGAUCCGAAUCCAUCACGUACUACUUUGCUGUGUUGUCACCAAUUAUGUUUCCCUUAGGCCUGACAGCCCAGACUCUGAGUGUUUUCAUCACUGUGGCUUCUGCAUUCGAUUGCUUGAUCCUGGUGGCAGCAAGUCCAAAAGUUCGCAACAAGUUUUGCUCUGUCAACACUUCUAUGCUGGUAACAGUUUACCUUUCGUUUUCACUUACCGAUUAG